AUGAAUAACAGUUUAAGAAAAGUUACUGAAAUUAAAAGGGAGCAAUCAAGCUAGCAAGAUGACGCUCUUAAUUAGGAAAAUGUCAGUCAUGUUAUUGCAUAGUUUUAAAGGAAAGGUUUCGAAUCUCUUUCCCUUGAAGAUUUAGCAGUAGCAACUAUUCAUUAAGAUUUUUCAUAAUAAUUUAAGUAAGCAACAGGCUUAGAUUGGCAAUCAAAAUUUUAAGUCAAGGCUAUUGAAAGAUUGAAUUAUGCUAGAUUUGAUAUAAAUUGGCUAACAAGAAAGUCUGAUGAUUAUUUUAAACCUCUAUUUUAAAAUGUUUUAAAAGGAGAUUUAUAACGUGUUUAGUAAUUUGUAAAUAGUUGCCCUAAAGAUAUGAAUGUUUUAAAAUGCGUUGAUUCAACUAAAAAAUCCCCAGUUCAUUUAGCAGCUUCUGAAGGGUAAUAAAGUGUUUUAGAGUUUUUAGUUAGUAAGGGUUUUAAUGUAGAUUCAAGAGAUAGAACUUUAAAAACUCCUUUACAUUAUGCAUGUUUGAAUGGUUUUGCAACUGCUGCGGAUUUCCUCUUAAAAAGUGGUGCAAAUAUUAUGGCUAAAGACUCUACUGGUAAGAAUCCUAUACAUUUUGCAAGCACCUGUAAUAAUCCAUAAAUAAUUUCUCUUCUUGUAGGAAUAAAACCAGAUAUAGUUUUUAGCACUGAUAAUUCUGGAUUAACGUGCUUACAUUAUGCGGUUUGGAAUAGUUCUAUCAAGUAAGUAGAUAUAAUUAGAACAUUACUAGACUACCAUGCUGAUGUGAAUGCUUAAGAUGAUGAUGGAAAGACAGCUUUACAUCAUGCAUCUAAAGGGGCAAGAACCAGAGUAAUCCCAAUCUUAAUUCAAAGAGGAACUGAUAUAACUUUAAGGGAUAAAGCAUAGAAAAAAACAUGUCUAGAAAUGGCAGCUAAUGAUAGGACUAGAGAACUUAUUGUAGUUUACAGUAGCACACCUCUAUCACAUUCGACUGCACCAAAGGAGGAUUUAGCUUGGAUGAACACUGCUUUAAGAGGAUAAAGGCUCCCUAUUAUUCCUAAACCUAAAGAAUAAUCUCCAGAACCACCUAAAAAAAUUCUCCCAUAUAAUGAAGAUUUUACAACCAUUUCAAGCUGGAUAAGAGGAAGAUUUUUUAAGUUGAUGAAAAAGUUGUAAGAAGAAGGUAUUAAAAAUUGGCAUCAUUUGAAAAAGCCAUAUAUUUACACAGGCUCUUGGAUGGAAGGAAUUAAAAGCUUAGAGGAGCUAUAUGAAUUGAUUAAAGAUAUUCCUCCUGCAGAAGCAGUUAUUAGAGCUUUUAAUAUAUUGUGCCCAUAUGAAAAAGAAAUGCCAAGAGUUACAGGAGAUGAAGAAGCCAUUGAUAAUUUUUAUGGAAGCUCCUGGUAUGAAGGAGGAAGCUAUAAUUAUAGUAAAAGGCUAGAAACUGAUAAAAGAUUAAGUGCUCAAAGUGAAAUUGAUGAAUAAAUAAAUUCCCUAAAAUUAGCUCUUUAAAUUAGAGAAAAAGCUUUAGAAGAUUCUGAACUAUAAAAUGUUGAAAUAAUUAGAAAAAAUUAAGACUUAGAAAGACUGUUAAAUGAAACUAAAACAAAGCUAAACACAUUAAUUGAGGAUUAAAAAAAAUAAUUAUUAAAUAAAGAAACAUAGCUAAAGGAGCUUAAUAAAAAAGUAAGCAGCUUGAUGAAAUAAGUAAAUGAUAAAGAAAUGGAAAUUUCAGAGCUGAAAGCUAAUCAAGCAUAGAUUAAUAACGAAGAGCUAUAAAGUCUAAUAGAAGAAAAUGAAAGGUUAAAUAAAGAAAUUGCAGAAUUACGUGAAAAAGAAAAACAAAAUGCAGCUUAAGCAGCACUUGUGAUUUAAUAAUAAGAAGCAUACAUAGCAAAAAAUGAAGAAGAAAAUACUUCUGAUGACGAUGCUAUAAUAAGACUUUAUUAAUCUUUAAGAAAUAAUCCACCACCUUUAACCCAAAGAAUGCAAUAAGCUGAUAUUGAUGGAGAUAGUAGACUCACUUAAACAGAAUUCAUGCUAUUUCUUGAAAAGUUAAGAAUGUCACCUAAAGACAUUUAAUCUCUUUGUAGAGUCGCUGGCUAUAUGGAUGGAAGAAAGCUUCUUGAAAUAUAAGAUUUUAAAGAUAUUUUAGAAGAAAGGCCUAGAAUGAGAGAAUUGUGGUAAAAAUUCUUAUUCAGGACUAUGUUCGAUGCAUUCAAGGCAAAAGGAUUGCAAGCUGAAUAGGCUUUUAAUUUAAUGGAUGUCGAUAACAAUUAAAUGAUUACUCCUUCUGAAAUAAGGAAUGGGUUGGAAUCAUUGAAGAUAAUAUUAAAUCAGAAGGAUUUCAACAAUCUUUAUACUGUAUUUGACGAUAAUAAAAAUGGUAGCAUUUCAAUUGAAGAAAUAAAAGAAAUUUUCAUGAAAUAUGAAAAUGUCUCUUUAGAUGUAGAUAUUUCUUUUUCCGAUCGCUUAGCCAAAGAUGAUUUUGAACCUGGUUAAGCACUUACAAAACCAAACGAAGCUUAUAACUCAACUAAUAAUGAUAUAAGCUAAAGCUUAAUUAAAUUCACAGAAGAUGUAGCCCAGAUUGAUGGUGAUUUGAAGAUUCAAAUACCUUAUGCUAACAACUUAAUUGGAGCUUAAAACUUGAAAUAAGUAACUAUCAGAGUUAUGCUAAGAGGAAGUGAAGAUCCAAAUCUUUUCAAGACUAUUAUUCUAUUUGAUGAUAAAUCAUGGAAUUAUGUAGUUUAAGUUCCUAUAAGAAGUGUAUUAAGAGAAAAUGUAAAUGAUGAUUUACUUAUUCAACUUUAUUCAGAAGAAGAGUUUGUUGAAAAAAAUUUCUUAGGAGAAGUAAAAAUUCUAUGGAAGACCAGUCUAGAUUAACCUAAUUAAUGGGUUAUAAGCUAAGAAUUUCCUCUAGCAAACGUCAGUUACAAGAAGCAAAUUACAAAAGAAGUUAGUGGAAAAAUUGCUGUGUAGCUAAAGUGGAUUCCUGCUGUUUCUAAAGAGUUCAAAGGUAAGUUAGUAUAAAAAGACAUGCUAAGACAAGAGGAGGUUUAAUUUAAAAGAACAUUAGUAGAACCAGGUAUGUUAGAAUUUGUUAUUGUAAGUGCUUAUCUUCAAGAAAAGAAAGAAAACUUGAAAUGCACUAUUAAGACACCAGAUAAAAAAGAAAAUACUUAUGAUGCUAAAUAUGAUGCAAAAGGAUUUCCAUAUUGGAGUUAAAAAUAAUUAGUUGAUCUUUAAGCUGGUGCUGAAAAACUUUUGGAUUCAGUAAGAGUGACAAUUUACUAUAAUGAAGGAAUGAUAAUAAAGGAUAAGAGAAUAAUUGGAGAAGUUUACGUGAAUUGGGAGGAGUGUGUAAAUUUCCCAGGAGAAUAUUUGACUAAAAAAUCAUAUCUCUUUAAACAACACCCUCAUGUUGAAAAACCUAGUAAGGUUUAUGUUUAAGUAAGAUGGAUACCUGAAUCCUUAUAUAGAACAUUAGCAGGUUUUAAGUAAGGAAGCUUGAAAGAUAGAAAGAAAGAUAUCAAAACUAGUAAAGAAGAUCUUAAAGAAGGUAUUUUAAAAGUUCUCUUAGUUAGAGCAAAAGAUUUACGUGGAGAUGAUGCAGUAGAUUCAUCUGAUCCUUACGUUAUCCUAAAGUAUUAAAACUAUGAUAAAGUAAUCGAAGCUAAAUCAAAAGUAAAAAAAUAUACAGUUAAUCCUGCAUGGUACUAAAUACUUCAGCUAAAAGUUAGCUUUUAUAAGGAUGGUAUAGUCCCACCACUUAAAGUUGAAAUUUGGGAUUAAGAUAAAAUUAGUGAUGAUUCAUUAGGUGAGUGUGUAAUAGAUGUAUCUCCAUCAAUAGAAGCACCCUGCACGUGGGCUGUAAAUGAUUAUUUCUUAGUUGAGGAUCCAAAAUAUAAGCCUCUUCCUAACGCUCCUGAUGCUAAACCUAAAAUAUAUUUGCAAACAUAUUUUGUACCAGAAGGUAUGAAUGACCCAAAUAUUAAACCCGAAGAUAAAGAAAACCUAAUGCAAGUUAGAGAAGAGAAUACAAUAUGUGGUCAACUUAAAGUAAAGAUAGUUCAUGCUCGUGAACUUCGUAAAGCUGACCGUAAUGGGUCUGAUCCUUAUGUUCAAAUUAACUUUCCUGGUAAUGUAGAAGUAAAAACAAGCACAAUAUCAAAUACGUUAAAUCCUCAAUGGAACGAAGUUUUCGUUUAGAAGAUUUUAAUAUCUAAAGAUAGGAUGGCUCCUUUAAAGUUAAUCAUUAAAGAUAGUGACUUUUUAGCUUCUGAUGAUAUACUCGGUUAUGUCAAUGUUGAUUGGAGCAAAUGUGUUGAAGAUCCAGGAUCUUGGGGAGUUAAUAAUGUUUUUCCAUUAGAGGGAACUGCCGACAUAAAAGCAAAAACAGAAACUCUAGGAUUUAUUUAUGUUUAAAUUAAAUUUAUUGAAGAAGGUAUGAUAGAUGAUUAGUCUUAUCCUCCUCUGAUUGAAAAUUUAGCUCAGAUGAUAGCAGAUAGAUAGGGUCUUUAUAAGGGUAAUCUUAGGGUUUUCUUGGUUCAUUGCAGAGACAUUGUAAAAGCUGAUGAUGGCAAAAAUGAUUUUAGUGACGCAUUUGUAGUUUUUAAGGUUCCUGGAGGUAAAUAAGUAAAAUCUAAUGUUAUAAAAGAUGACUAGUAUCCUACGUGGAAGUAGAUUUAUGAUAUUCCUAUUUUUAUGCCUAAGGAUUCAAUUUAACCUAUGAGAGUAGAAGUUAUUGAUGAUGAUUUGUUUGGUAGUGAUUUAAUGGGUUACACAAAUGUUGAUUUAUUAGAAGCACUUAAUAAUCCUUAAAAAUGGGCAAUAAAUAAAAUAUUCCAACUGGAUGGAGACUAAGAUAUGGUGAAAAAAUAUAAAACUGACAAAUUUGGUGUUAUUUAUUUACAAAUCAUGUUUGUAGUUGAUGGAAUUAAAAAUGAAGAUAAACCACUUCCGCUUAUAGAAGAUAUGGAUGAAAUAAUCCGUAAAAAAAAGGAGGAAGCCAAAACUCCUAUGCGCGGCACUUUAGUAGUUAAUGUUGUUAUGGCUCAAAAUUUAAAAAUAGCAGAUUCUAAAUCAUCAGAUCCAUAUGUUGAAGUUACUUUUCCAAACAAAAAAACAUUUUCAACUCCAUAUAUCCCAGAAAACCUAAAUCCAAUUUGGAACUCAGAAUUUAGAGAUAGAAUAGAUAUUUACAAAGAAUCUUACUAACCUCUCCAUUUCAAAGUUUUAGAUAAAGAUACAAUGGCUAUUGAUGAUAUAUUAGGAGAAUUAACUUUAGAUUGGAUGGAUUGCUUUGAAAAUCCAACAAUGUGGAGAAUUAAUGAUUUCAAAGAAUUAACAGGAUAAAAUAAAAUGGGAUAAAAUUUAGGAAAAUUGUACGUCUAGGCUAAAUUUUUACGUGAUUCGGAUUUGGAAACAGUAGAAGGAUAAGCUUAAUGCAAAACUUUAUCUGAGCUGGCUAAUGAGUAUGGAAGGAUUUUAGGUAACUUGCAAGUUAAUAUAAUAAGUGGUGCUAAUUUAAAGAAUACUGAUACUAUCGGAAAAUCUGAUCCUUAUGUUACAGUAUAUUUAUCAAAUAACCAAAAACAACCCUUAAAAACCAAACCCUUAAAAGAUGAUUUAAAUCCUGUUUGGAAUUUUACAGGAGUUAUUCCUAUUAACAUGCUUCGUUGUCAACUUAAAUAAGCUGAAUUGUAUCUAGAUGUUUAUGAUGAAGAUAACGUAACAGAUGAAUUGAUAGGAAGAGUAUGCAUAGAUGUUAUUUCUAUUUUAGAAAAACCUAAUUAAGAAUAGUUUUAUGAAGAUAUAAUUUAAGAUGUUAAGAAAAAAGAAGGAACAAAUUAUGGUACUCUUCGCUCCAUGUUCAAAUGGGAUCCUUCUAAUGAUUGUGAAAGCGUGUUAGGUCUUCGUGAGCCAGAAGUUAUUUUCAAGGGAGAUUUAUUUGUUAAUAUAGAAAACGGAAGAAAUAUAAAAAAUCAAGCUCUUAUUGGAAAAAGUGAUCCAAAAGUUCAUUUUGGUUUCAACUUAUUCCCUAAGUUAGUGUUUGAAUCAAAAGUUUUUGAUAAUAAUUUAAAUCCCGAUUUUAAGUUUGAGAACUUAAUACCAUUAGAAUUAAAUCUGAAGAAAGCACGUUAAUUAAGGUUAAAUUUAUCAAUAAGAGAUAAGCAGGUAAUAGGAUCUACAGCAUUAUGUGGAGUGAGUAUAAGUCUUGCAGAUUUAAUAGAAAAACCUGGUAAGUGGCUUAGCGAAUACCUCGAAUUAAAAGAUAAUGAUGGAAAACCAGGUUGUGGACAUAGUUUUGUUUAAAUUUAAUGGCGUUAAAAAGAACCUGUUCCAGCAGAGCCUAUAAUAGCUGAAAAACCAGCAGUUUUAGACUACAAAGAAUACCUAAAAUAAGGAGAACCACCUAAAUUCCCUGGAGAAUUAUUUAUAAACGUUAUUGGUGCAAGAAAGCUUAAAUCUUCAACAUUUGAUAAAUCUGACCCUUUUACAGAAAUUAAGAUUUCAAAGGGUGAUAAAAAAAUAAUCAAAACAAAGGUUAUUGAUGAUAAUGAAAAUCCAAAUUGGAACCAUUCUGAUUCAUUUAAACUAGAUUUAGCAGAAGAAGAUUGGGAUACCUUAAAGUUAUAUGUAGUUGUUUAUGAUUAUGAUUAUGCUAUUAAUGAUAAAUUAGGUUCUUUAGAGAUACAUCUAAAGGACUACUUUUACGACAAAGAAAGAAAGUGGUAUGAUAAAAUAGAAUAGUUAGUUGAUGAAAAAAAAUUCCCUGGAGCUGGUGAAAUAUACAUUCAAUUUUAGUGGAGACCUGAGGGUGAACAACUCAGUAACACAAAUCCUCCUGAAAAUAAAUUACUAAAAUUAGAAUAAGAAUCUAAAAAUAAAGCUGAUGAGAUUGCAAAAAAGAAAGCUGAAGCAGAUUCAGAGCCUUUUGUAAAAACAAAAAUUUUCUUUAACAUUGUAUCAGCUCGUAACUUGAUAAAAGCAGAUGUGUUUGAUGAAAGUGACCCGUUUGUCAAAGUAACAUUCAACUUUUGCAAAGUUAAUUUUAUCACUCCUGUUAUAGAUAACAACCCAAACCCUCUUUGGAAUUUCCAAAAAGAAAUUGAGGUUGAAUAUCAACCCAGCAAGCUUAAGAACGCAGAAGUUAUGUUUACUUUAUACGAUUAUGAUAUAACGACUAAUGAUUUCUUAGGAUAAAUGAUAAUAAAUAUAGAUCACAUGAUAUAAGAUCCUAAAAUUUGGUUUAAUGAGAUUUAGCAAUUAUAAGAUGAAAAAUGCACUAGAGGUAAAAAUGGUAUAUUUUACGCAUAGAUGUAAUGGAGACCAGAUGGAAUACUUUCUGAAUAAGAUAAGAAAUAACCAGAGUUAUUAGAUAUAAGUAAAUUUUAUAAGGGAGCUGAACCAGUUGGUACAGUUGUUAUUGCUGCUGUAAGCGCUAAAGGUAUCUUAGGUGUAGAAGAAAAAGGUAAAUAUAGUGAUGCACUUUUUAACAUUAAAUUCAAUAAGAAGGAUGCCAAAACAAAAGUUAUCUAAUCUCUAAACCCAGAAUGGAAGGAAAUAUUUAAAUUCCCUAUCAAUUUUAAAGACAGAACUUAAAUUCCAUUCUUGUAUUGUAUAUUAGAGGAUUAUAAUAAAUGGUCAUCAAACGUUUUCUUAGGUGACUUUGAGUGUGAUAUUUCUUCGAUUCUUGAUAAACCAAAUGCUUGGGGCAUAGAAAAAGAAUUUGCACUAAAUAACUUAAAAAAGACAAAAUGCCCAGACGAUCCAACAGGAGUAGUUUUUCUUAAAAUAGGAUUUUUAGAAAAAGGAAAAGAAAAUAUGGAAUUAGCUAUUUGA